CUCUGCCAACGGUUUACUGAUUUUUUUCCCUUCUUCAACCAACCCUGCUACUACCUAGCGUUGCUGAAAUAAUCUGAAAUGGAAAUACUCUCCCCGCCCCACACACAAUUGUUUCUUUCACCAUCCCGACACUCUCAUGAAACAGAUAGAUGAAAAUUAAUAGUUACGAAAACAAACAAAAACCCUCACAGCCUAAAGUUUUAAAGAAAGCUGAGCGCCGAAGAAUUGAUGCUUUUGAACAAAGGUGUUGGAGAAGACUCUUGAGAGUCCCUUGGACUGAAAGGAGAUCAAACCAGUCCAUCCUAAAGGAAAUCAGUCUUGAAUAUUCAUUGGAAGGACUGAUGCUGAAACUGAAACUCCAAUACUUUGGCCGCCUAAUGCGAAGAAGUGACUCACUGGGAAACAUUGAGGGCAGGAGAAGAAAGGGACGACAGAGGGUGAGAUGGUUGGAUGGCAUCAUCCACUCGAUGGACAUGCAUUUGAGUAAACUCCGGGAGUUGGUGAUGGAUAGGGAGGCCUGGCGUGCUGCAGUCCACAGGGUCACAAAGAGUCGGACAAGACUGAGCGACUGAACUGAACUGAAAGUUAGAAGCGAAGUGUGCAAAAAUAAAUAUGUGUAGAAUGAAUUAAUCCCUCACCCCGUUCCAAGCACUUCACUUGUAUUGAAUCCUGAGAAAAGCUCUCUAAAAAUAGGUGCUAAAAUUACCCCUACUUUGCAGAUGUGGAAACAGACUUGGACAAGUUGACUGCCUAAGUUCAUAGCAGGUGAGGAAGCUGGGAUUUCAGUCCAGGCAGUCGUGAUCAUAACUAGAUGAGAAAGAAAAAUGUAGCCUGAUAGUUGUCAGCUGGCUAGCUGGUCUGGCAUCAAUAGAUGGACAGUGGUAUUCCCCUGCUUAAUAUAAGCAAUUUCACAGAACACCGGCUUCAGUCCAGGUCAUCUGCGGCCAUGUCUGAAUGAGCCAAAAAACAAGACAACUCUGUAAUCACAUCUAGGCACAAGCAAGUUCAAGAACUCUGUGCAAACCACUUGCAGUUUUUCAGCUACACUUGGAGAAGGACUAUUCUACCUAUCAUUGAACCAGUUAUCCAACCAGGGACCUGAACCCACAUCCUUUGCCUUGCAAAUUGGAUUCUUAACCACUGGACAGCCAGAUUGUGAUACUAGUUCCCUUUUCUGGAGGAAGUCUACUCAAAUGGUGACGGGAAGCUGAUAGUAGGUGGUUGGGCCUACUUGGUCCCACACACUACACAGAAGGCCUCAUUCCCUGGAGAUAGAGCUCUCAGCGUCAACAACCUCCUAUCCUGAAGACACCCUCACCACAACUGAGAGAGUGGGGAAACAGUGAGACCUAGCAUCAUUUAAAACUCCACAGGCAGAAAAGCCAGAAAGGAAAAAUGAAGACAGGACAUUUUGAAAUGGUCACCGUGCUGUUGGCACCUAUGAUUCUGAUGGACAUCCUCCAGGUAAAAGCUGAAAUGUUAGAUAUGGCAGAUAAUGCAUUUGAUGAUGAAUACCUGAAAUGUGCUAACCGGAUGGAAAUCAAAUAUGUUCCUCAACUGUUCAAGGAGGAAAAAGCAAGCCUCCAGCUCUUAGAAGACGUGUGGGAAAAUGCAGAAGCCAAGUGGGAAGCUCGGAAGCCUCAGCUCUUUCUCCCUGUGAAUUUCAAGGAUAACUAUGGUAUAGCCCUGAUGGCAUAUAUUUCUGAAGCUCAAGAGCAGUCUUCCUUUUACCGUCUGUUCAAUGAAGCUAUGGAAAUGGCUGGCCAGUCUCGAAAAGAUUAUGUCUAUGGCUUCCAAUUCAAAGCUUUCCAUUUUUACCUGACAAAAGCUCUGCAGUUGCUGAGAAGAUCUUGUGAGAACAGUUACAAAAACGUGGUGUACAGCAUAAGGCUGAAUAGUUCAUUUACAUUUGGAGGGCUGAACCAAGCCCGACUUGGCCAUUUCACCUUGGCAUAUUCAUCCAAACCUCAAGUUGCUGAUGACCAACAUGUUCUGUUAACCAUCAAAACAUGUUUUGGAGUUGCCGUUGAAAAAUUUCUUGAUAAAGAAAGUGAAAGAAUUGUUUUAAUACCUCUGAAUGAGGUUUUUCAUGUGUCACAGGAUGAGGCUGGCAAUAACCUUAUCCUUCAGAGCACAAACAGGACCUGCAGCCACUAUGAGUGUGCGUUUCUAGGUGGACUAAAAACUGAAAGUUGUGUUGAGAACAUGGACUAUUUUCAACCUGUCUACAACCCUGGUGAGGAAAACCAGAAGCUGGAAAACCCUGAAAUGAAAAGCCAGGAAUCCACUGUCUUUCCUGGUAUGAAAAGCCAGGAAGCCACCCAGAUACCUGGAAUGAAAAUUCCAGAAUCUUUUUCACUACCUGGAAUAAAAAUGUUACAACCAGAUGAAAAACCUGAAGACAAAAGCCAAGAUAUCAACCAGCCUACUCCAGGCCCAGCAGUUCCUGUUCCAGGUCCCAAAAGCCAUCCCUCUGCAUCUUCUGGCAAAAUGCUCCUUCCCCAGUGUGGAACAUUCAUCAUUUUAGUCAGUGCUUCUGCUAUAAAUCUCAGUCGCUCUGUAGUCUGAUACAUUCUUUACUUGUACUUUACACUGUACUUGAAAUACAACUACAGGCAUCCCACAGAAAUCAUCAGAAGGAAUGAUGUAUUUUUCACUUGUUGUUCAACAUUCAGUUGAUGAAACGUGAAUUUGUUAUUCACUUAGCAAAUCUGGUAGUAAACCCAGAUAUCAUAGAAUUCGUUUUUCACUUAUUUCUAUAUUAAUUUUAUGAUUGUAAAAAAACUGUAUACUUUAAAUUCAAUAAAAGACCUUUAAUUUCAGUAGAAUUGCCAAAUAUGAAAAUAUCAAUAAUGCUAGUGAUUAACAUGAAUUUAAUUCCUGAAUUAGAAUUUUAAAGGUGUUUUACUCAUCUUUAAAGGAUCAAACUUUGACUUCAAAUAGUAUAUAUUUUCAGUCUCUUUUCCUUCUAUAUAUGAACACUUUGUAUUUUUACAAACACAACAGUUGACUAAGUAUUUCACAUACAUAGUCCCUAACUUGAACCUCAUACUAACCUAGGAAGGCAGACAGUACCUAAUGAAUGUGUGGGCUCACUAAGAAAGGAGAGUGAGGUAAGUACAGUAAGGCGCUCUUUUCCCCAAGAAAAAGAGUGGUUGAAUGGUAACUGGUUUAGGCAUGGGCUUUGGUAAGGGACACUUGUUUACACUGCCAAUGUUUCAAAAAGAACUGAAGGCCAUUUUCAGAGAUCCAGAAAAACUUCACGAAGUCUAAACUAGGUGUUAAGGGUUUGGCGUGCUUUAAUUCUACCAUUUACCUCUCUUCAUGUUGAGAAUAUUGAGUGAACUAUCCACAAGAACCAUUAUCCAGUUCACAGAACUUUUAUAAAUUGUGCUGGAGAGCACAACUUAGUCCUGAGGCCAAAGUUAGUCUGAUUUCCAUCCAAAUCUAGAAUUUGGUUAUCAUUUGCUUGGCACACAAGUCAGGUACAGACCAGGGCCACCUAUCUAUCUAACCAGCUUAUCUAUCUAACCUGCCUUACACAUGCAGUCACCAGCAGAAUUGAAACUUAGGCGGCUAAAUGGACCUGUCUUUAAAAAGCAGACCCUGAGCCCUAUUUAGGGCUUAUGAAGUUAGAAAUUAAGAAUAUGACAGCACAAAAAAUUAUAGGCUUGAGGUGAGCAUGGUUAGCCAUCUGUCCAACAGAGAUGUUGCUCUAAGGAGCAAUUCUCAUUUGUUAAAUCACCAAUUCUUCCUACAGUAAGAGGGCGUGCAGAGGGGCAGACUCCUGUCACCUUUGGCUACAGGAUGAGAAAGACAGAGGUGUUAGAAGAAACAGCCCAUGAGCCUUGUUUGUGUCUGCUACACAACCGUUAGCUAGUCUGCAUCUGGACAGAUUGCUCCAGUGGUGUCUCAGAGGGGGCCUCUGGAUACACAGCACACCACCCUCCUCGCCGUCCUCAUAGUAACACAGGGGCAGGGUUCAUAGGCUGUUGAUGACACCUCUCACCACAAGCCAAAGCAUGAUGCAGAAAUGCAGAGGGAAAGCAUUCCAAGAGGGGCUAACAUGAUGCAGUGAGAUGUGCCUGUGUAGUCAGAGAAAUGGCUUCAAUUCUCUGGUUUUGAAGAAUCACUAUUGCACAUUACCAUGUCUAAUUUAGAUUUUCCAGUGUUUUCAGAUGCUAAUGAUGUAUUAGAGAUUUCUUUAUCCUAGAUGAUAUAUGAAGUAAUUUCUAUUUGCUGUACAGUGGUCAAAAUACAUCAGUAUUGAGGGUGAAGUGAGAGUCUGUCAGUCGUGUCCAGCUCUUUGUGGUCCUGUGGACUGUAGUCCUUGGAAUUCUCCAGGCCAGAAUACUGGAGUGGGUAGCCUUUCCCUUUUUCAGGGGACCUUCUCAACCCAGGAAUCAAACCCAGGUCUCCCGCAUUGUAGGCAGAUUCUUUACCAGCUGAGCCACAAGGGAAGC